AUGAUGCUAACAGCAAUUAAUCCAGUUUCGGUAAUACAACAUAUCUAUGCUUCAUGUACUUUCAACUGUCAUAAGCAACCAAUCACCGAAAAAAACAUAGUUUUUGUUCAAGAUUCGUUGCUACCUGAAUUGAAUGCACAUUUUGGCUUACCACCUUUUUACAUUACAUUUUUCCAAGGAACUAUUAUUGACAAUGGGUUGCUAAGAGAUGGCAAAGACAAAAAUAAUUCCACUCGCUCUACCGCGACACAUUGUACAGUUACAGUGAUUUAUGGACGGGAAUGUUAUUUGAGUGCGUUCUCGAAUAAUCAAAAUGAUAUGCAAAUGAUAUGCUUUGAUGCGCAAACGCUUUAUCAUGCGCAAUUUGCAAAAAUUGUUUAUAUGAGAGAAAGCAAACCUUCAAUUGACAAUUGGCAAACAAAUUUUGUAACAAAUUGGCAGCAACUGAAUAUAUCGAGACGGUUACGACAUAGCAAUUUAAUUAUCCUCUGUGACUUAAACGUGCCAAAUAUAUCGCUGAAAGGAUUUAUCAAUCGUCGAAAUUUGUUGCAUUGGAUUAAUGGUAGUGAAAUUAUCAUUCGUACUGGUGAACCACGCCUAAGGAUUUAUUCCGGUGAUCAGUGCUUUGAUAAACAAAGGUUUCUAAGUAUUAUUUCAUCGAAAUGA